AUGGACUCUCCGGAUGGUAUCGAUGUCCGCCCUAUGAGGCUGAAAGUUCUUUAUACAUUCGACAACGAAAACAAGACCAAUUGCCUAGCUCGAUGGCCGCACAUGCUCGACAUCCAGACUGCAUAUCUGGAUGAGAACACUCCGGUUGGAGUAAUCGAAUUCAAAACAUGCAUUCAGGCAAUUGUCUCUGCUAGCCCCGAACUUGUCGGACAACCAGGAAAGGAUUACACCGUGUACGCUUACGACUACUCCGAACUUGAAACCCCACUUGUCGGACAAGGCAUGCUCUCAUGGGUGCUGGCCAAUUCCUCCUCGACUGAGGCUUCCGUCUCCAAGACCAUGAUCACCGGCCGAGUCUGCAAGAAUCCCCUUAGCGGUCUCUUUUCCAAAGGCGCUCAAGAGACCCUUGAAGUCAAACUUCGCUUAGUACCCGUUCCAACCGCCACGCAACCCGACUUUGAUACGCAAUCAUGGACAAAUUUCAUUCGCCAAAACCCCGCCUUGUUGGAGCAGAGAAGCCAAGGAUAUAAUGAGCGUGUUGGUUCUCCAAUGAACCAAUCGGGUAUUGAAAGGUUCCACCAACUUCUAAGUGAAGGUUCAACACCACGGGAAUUCGCCUCCUUCCCGUCUAAUGCCUCAGUUCGCUCAGCCUCACCCUCACAUUCAUAUGCUGCCAGUGGAGUCUCAACACCGGCACAUUACCAAUCGUACCACCACAAGCAAAGCAUUCCUCACAGUGACAUGAUUCGUCCAUCGUCUAGUGCCUCUAUGCGGGAUUGCGAUAACCAGACCCAAUUAUCACACAACAACCCCCGAAGAGGGUCAAUACAGUCAGGAUACGGCAGUGGUGAUGAGGAGUCUACUGAGGCCCCGCCACGGAAGAGGGCUAAGCUGUACCAAGCUAGCUGGCCUGGAAAAUCGGGAGCGAAUAUCGAAAGACAGCCAAGUUCCCUCCGAGUAGCAGCUAGUACGGCAGCCUCUGUUCGAAUCCACCGCCCAACUCCCGUCAAUCCUGCCCUCGCCGCCGAACAUUCGCACGAGGAGCCUGUUCGCCCACCCACGCCUAUGUCUCGUCCUUCCGAUUUCCCUCGUCGCAGCCGUCCCACCGGUAGUCUAUUGCGAGAGUCAUCAACUACUAGUGUCGUUUCGUGUCCUGAUUCUUAUGCCUCCCCCUACACUAUGAGCGAUGAAAUCCUUACCACAGAUGCUGCUGGUCCAUCCCCCGAAGAUACUCGUUACCAAGGACUCUUUGAACAGUCCUAUAACAUGCCAUCAUCGCCCCCAGUCUUUGAUGGUCGGUUGCCCAACAGAUCAAGCCCUGUCUUGCCUACCAUGACUCUGGACAACGACUCUGGUUUCAUGAGCGCAGGAUUGGACGAACUGCUGAAUGACGAAACCGUUACUUUGGACAACAACAGAACGUCCAAGGAUAAACGCUCUGUUCGCAACGCUGUGCAGCCAAGUUCCCCAGUUAGCACUGUCAGUGCCGCCCAAAGAACAUCUAACGAUCCUUUAACAGUCGAUGAGACUAUAUCCGAGCAGCCUGCACCGCAAGCACCACGACAGCUGGCUCGUGCCAACUCUGGUCCAGCAAAGUCUCGUGCCCCAUCCCGCCCACCCAUAGCUCCCCGCCCGAGACCUUCUUCGAGUUCUGGAGCGCAGCGCAUCGCACCAAAGCCCCUUGCACUUGCACCGGCGCCACAAUUCUUCUCAAAUGGUGUUCCCCAACACUACCACACAAUCACUGCUAGCGAUCCUAUCAUUCCCACUUCGAUUGAACCUACACCUCUUGCCGCGUCUGCGGAUAUCACAUUUCUGCCAUGUGAUACAGCUAGUCCCAACUCUCAACAAAUGAAGCAACCAGCGAAGCCGAAGGCCACCAAAGGCCCCAAUAUGAAACCAAACCAUAUCAAAGCCCGCUUGGACAACGCUAUCGCAAAUGGCGUCGUUCCACCCUAUUGCGAAAACUGUGGCUCGAUUGAAACUCCAAGCUGGCGUCGAGCCUGGGUAAAGGAAAUGGAUGGCAGCGGAGAACUCGCAGAAUCGAUGAUGCGUACUCCCCAAAUGCUCUAUUGGGAGGCUGUGGAGCGAAACGACAAAAAUGAGGUUCGGAGAUUCCGGAUUCUAAAGAAGAACGCUGAGUUCGAUGAUGAAUCGUUCAGCCAAGUGCUGCUAUGUAACCCCUGUGGCCUUUGGCUUCACAAAUUCAAGAACAUGCGUCCAGAAAAUAUGUGGACAAAGUCAGGAGGAAAGCAGGCCGCUCAGAAAACCAAGAAGCGGCCCUCAAGGACCCGCGCGAAUGGCCCGCUUAAUGCCUGUCCUGCUUCCCGAACUCGCAGCAAGGCAGCUCCGAAGAAGGCGGCGCUGGCAGAGACCGGUGCGGCUUCUUCUCCGGCACCUACCGAUAUGUCGUCGGUGCAUCCUGAGGGAGACACUCCCCGCCUAGAUGAUGACCAGGAUGACGAGGAUGAAGCAGGUGCUACGCCCGAUGAUCGCUCUCGGGUCACGACGGAAGAGUUGUCUGCUAGUGAGGAACCGCACCCGUCGACCGUCACGCCAGGACGUCGGUGGUCGAAAUUGGACGCCAGAGAAGCCUUGAUACGUGCUACCAAGUCAAGCCCCGUGAGACGUCCACAAGCGCGGGCCAGUUCAGCAGCCAACAGCGUCACUCCAAAGUCUGUGCGAAGAUCGCUCUUCCAAGAUAGCCAGAGAGAAGGUCCUGGUCCUAUGAAGGACCUCGAUGCCUCCAUGGUAAAUAGCUGCUCUCCCCGUCGCAGUCCGCGUAUUGCCUCAGCAAAGGAUGACAAGCCGACUCAAAAGGAGAACAUCGCGCCUACUUCACACGAUGACCUCGAUGACUUGUUUGAGAGUCCUUCCGUCGGUUUCGACUCGGCAAGCCCGACCCCUCGCCGCCGCAACCCGCGUAUCAACGCGAUUGAAAGACGCACCUUGAUCGCAGCUACGCCGGGCUCGAAGAAGCGCAAGGAUAUGCCGGUCAUGACCCCGGCCCGACUGACGGCAGAGCGCCUACAGCGCAUCCAAGCACUGCAACAACGCUCACCUCGGCCACACAAGUCUCCGGCCAAACCCGAAGCCAAGACUGAUGAUGUAGAGGGUAUCCUUCCUACAUCCGUCGAAUCUAUCGACGGCAUGAUCCUCGAUAUUUUUGAUGAAAACGACCGGCCUAAUUUCGAGCUGGAGAGCGCCAAAUUCGCCGGCGAAAACUGGGCUGACUGGCUCCCAACCGACUACGUCCCCUCAGUCGAAACACCGGACAAUCAUCCAGCCGAGGAGCUCCUAAGCGUUCUCUUCUCUGAUCCCAAUCAAAAAGAGUUCAACUCCGAACUCCUCCCUUUCAACUUUGACGACAUAAUCGUCCCCGACUCCGGAUUCUUCAGUUCCGACGCUCUUCCCGAAGCACCGAAAGCGCAGUCCAGCAAAGACACCGAAGCUACCUCUCCUAUUUAA